CGCGUUUGCUCCUCAUGACGGAUCAGCCAUGCUCGUCAGCAUUUUCUGUCAAUAUUGCAGCCAGCAGUGAUAGCUGUCAGCGAACCUUCUCGCGAAGCACGGACCCUAUAAAACCAGUGAAGUAUGCGUUAAGUACGAAAAGGAGAUGAUCUGCUAAGCAUUGAUGUGGUAGCCCAUAUAAAGGACGGCUGAACGGACAGCACAAGUUCACCAAUCCUCCAGCACCUCGACGCGCAAUAUUGUUGCAAUGGCCAAGAACAUCGCUAUUAUUAUUGGCUCAGUCCGCAAAACCCGCAAGGCCCAUCAAGUCGCUGAGUGGGUCCACGAACAACUCACGCCGCUAGCCGAAAAGCAGGGCGCCACGCUCGAACUUGUGGAUCUAGCCAAGUACGGGCUGCCUCUCCACGAUGGCAACCCUGCGAUCCUCAUGAAGCUCAAGGAAAAGGGUGAAGAUGGAGAAGGACACGAGUACCCUGAUGACAAAGUCAAUGCCUGGUCGCAGACUAUUCGAAGCCACGACGGCUAUGUGUUCGUCACGCCCGAGUACAAUGGAAGCUUUCCUUCGCCGCUCAAAGCGGGACUCGACCACAUCUACCACGAAUUUGGGGGCAAGCCCGCCCUUGUCGUCUCCUACGGUGGCCCUGGCCGUGGCGUGUCGUCGGGACAACAGCUCGUGACGGUCCUCAAAAGACUAAAGCUCAAUGUGGCCGAGCAGCAGGUAAAUCUUGAAGCUGCAGCGCGUACCAACCCAAAUGCGCCCGUAGACAAUGAGAUACGGGCCUCGUGGAGCGUCCAAGAUGUCGUCACGGCUUGGGAAUCUUUCAACAAGCUCUAAAG